AUGAAUAAUAAAAAGAAAGUGAGUUACCAGUUUUCAAAAAUACCCAUGCUCCAAGUAGAAAAGCCAAUAACGACGAAUGUAACAAGAGAGUUCAAUAAAAUUUUGGGUAUUCGAAGGAGCACACGAAAGAAAAUAUCUGAUUAUAUGUGUCAAUCUGCUAUCAAAGCUAGAUUGAAAUCUGCAAACGCCUUUGUUUCUCGGAAUUAUUUACCAUUGCCAGUGCGUCCUUUAACAGCCAAAGAUUUUAAAAAACUAUCCGAACAACGAACGGAAAACGAAAUGUCCAGGUUUCAGGAAAAGGCCAUCAGAAAGAGGAUUAAAGCAAGGGGAUUGGAAGACCGGUAUGCAGAUCUUGUGAGUCAGUUUAUUAAAGAGGUUAAAUUAGAUUUUAUUACUAUAGUACACUAUGCAGGUAUGAAUAUGAAAAUCAAAGAUUGUCACCCCGAACAAAAAUUUCAAGUUGCACCAUAUAGAUUCGUCGGUAAAACAGAAAACUACAAAUAUUUUUUAAGUAUUCAGAGACAGUUAAAAACAAAAUGGAUAUUGCACUACCUCUUAGUCAGAAAAAUUAAAAAAGAAUGUGUAAUUAACCUGCCACAUCAGUUUUUUAAAUUACAUUUUACUCAAAUUCUUGAUAUUGAAGAUAUUGAAUACGAAUUUAAGGGACUCACUCAAAGAGCUGCUCAAUAUGUACAAUCUUCAUAUUUAAGAAUUAUUUCUUUUGUUGAGAAUGAGAAACUAAAAAGAAGUAACGACCUUGACCAAUAUCAUUCCUUGAAAACUUCAACUGGAGUCUUAACCCUCCAUAUAAGCAGCAGCAUUAGUCAAACUUUGGAGGAAAUUGUAGAGUUUACUGUAGCUAGAGAUCCAAAACCAUAUCUUUUCCUUGGUGUCACUUUUACAAAUCAACUCGUUUUGGAGCCAACUCCAGAUGACGUUAUCAAAGUUUUCCACAAAUUCAUCGACAAUAUUUUAGCUAUUAAAAAUGAGGUGUUUGAUUUAGAAUCUUCUAGACUCAAAGGCAACAAGAGAAGACCUGUUAAUCUUUAUAUAACAGACGAGUUUGUUACUAGAUGUAAAGAAGAAAUCAAAAAUAACAUUAACAAACAAUUUGAACCAAUUUUAGAAUAUCUUUCUAAUAUCAACGACAGUCUAUCAACUGUAUAUAAAGAUUUAUAUUCUGAAGAAUUUUUUGAAAGUAUAAUGGAUAUGAUUUUCGAAAACGGCUGCAGCAAAAUUAACUUUUACAGGGAAUAUUUGGAUAAGGUUAUGUUUAUUCCAGAUUUUGAGUUUUUUAGGAUCGCAAAAGUGUCUUUUAUAGAUUACAAAAACAAUCUACAUGCUGGGUUGCAUAAAAACAUUAAUCUUAUCUUUGAAAAACUCUCUUCGCAGCAUUUGUGGGAAGUAAAUGACUUGUGUGAGACCUUUGAAUAUAUAAAGAUGAGGGCUCAAACGAAACCUGAGACUACAGAGGAGUUAAUUGAAAUUGGGAAAUUUAUGCUAUAUGUAAGAAAUGAACAAUUCCAAACACUUGAAUGUAGAGUAGGUGAUUCCUUGUCAGCAUUGUGUAAAAUAAUAGAUUUGGGUACCCUAGAGGAUGAACAUAUGCAACUGAAUGCAAAGUCCAUUCAAUGGUUAACUGACAUUAUACCCAUCAUGGAAGAACAGUCAACUACGUUUGACAGCUUAAAAUAUGAUGCCGAAGAAAAACUUCAAAAGGUUGUUGAAGAUGUUUCGGAGCUGGUCAAAAAAGUGUUUCCCCUUUUAGUUAUUUUAGAUGAGAUGGACAAUAUUGAUAAAGUCAAAAAAUCUUUAAAUUUUAUCACAUUACAUAUGAAAAAGAUAAGGGAAAUUGAAACUCAGAUACACUGGAUUAAUCAAGAAGAGGUAACUUUGAGUUUUCCAAAAUCUACAUAUACUGAAUAUGAAGAAUUAAAAAAUUAUGUAUAUCCUUUUCAUCACCUUCUAAACGUAUGUCUCGAAGUACAACAAAACCUAUAUAGUUGGCAAGACGGCCCUUUUGAUAUGCUGGACUAUGACAGUACCAAAGUAACUGUUGAAAAAUAUCAAAAAGAAUUGUCUGAAACCUACAAGACUUAUAGACAAAAAUUACGACAAGCCCAAGAUGACAAUAUAAGUUUAAGAUUCAAAGGAACAGUUGAUGAUCCUGAUAUUCUAAACUGGCCAGCGCCGUUAAAACUAUGUGGAACCGCUUUACGGCGCAUCGAGGCAUUUGAACCAUCUGUUAAAGUUAUGAAGAUUGUUUGCAAUCAUUGUUUGAGAAAAAGACACUGGGAAGCAAUGUCGGAAAUAGCAGGAACUGAUGUUACACCAAAUGCAGGAACAACUCUAAGAAAAAUUAUGCAAGUAGACUUUUUCGCAAAGAUGGAAGAAUACGAAAUUGUUAGUGAUGGGGCCACCAAAGAGCAACUAUUACUAGACCAGCUAAAAGGACUUCAACAACAAUGGGAAAAAGUUAAUUUUACUAUUGCUAAACACAAGAUAUACGAUAUUGAUAUAAUAAUUGAACUGGACGAAAUAGAAACAAUAAUAACAGACCACAAUACGAUUAUACGUGACAUGAAAAGCUCAGUUUUUGUUACACCACAUGAAAUUCAAGUCAACGAUUUCAUUAGUAAAAUUGCAAAGGUCCAAGAAACUAUAAGUAAUUGGUAUAUUGUUCAAAAUAUUUUAUUGAAACUUUAUCCUAUAGUCUCUCUUAAAGAACUUAGACAAAUUAUACCCAAAGAGACCGAACUUUUAGACGAAAUAAUUACCGUUUUUAAGCAAUAUCUUAGUAUAAUUUCAAAAGAACCAAAUGUUAUUAAGGUUAUUGAAGAUUCCGAUAUUGCGAAAGACAUUGUCAAUAGCAUUGAAAACCUUGAAUUAGUUUUUGUUGGGGUAGUUGGUUAUCUAGAUAAAAUGAGAGACAUUUUUCCGCGAUUUUAUUUCAUCUCAAAUGAAGAAUUUAUUAAAGCUAUAUCCAACUCUAAGGAGAUGUUGAUAACAGAACAUUUUCUAAAUAAGCUGUUUCAAAAUAUCCAUCACUUAAAAGUGACUGACAAUAAAAUAGUUGCUGUCGUUGGAAACAACGGAGAAGAAUUAAAUUUCAGAAAUAUUCUAGAAGUAAAUCCUACUUUAGAAGCGACUUUUAAAAAAGUAGAAGAAGAGAUACGCUCAGUCUUAAAAUUGGAGAUUGUAGAAUGUUACAAAGUCUAUAAAGAAUUGAAUCUUAAAACUAUGCUUUCAAAAUAUAUUGAGCAAGUCAUAAGAGUAGCCUUACAGUGUUAUUGGACUGAGAAUAUAAAGAUGGCGUUGUGUAUUAACUCAAACAAAAAUUUAGAAAUAUGUUUAAAUAAUCUAGAAACAUCGUUAUCGGAAAAAAUAAGUUUUAUAAAAGAAGAUGUAGAACACCAAGUGAGAUUAAAAAUAAAAAACCUUAUUGUGACUGAUAUGUAUACUAAAGAAGUUAUUACAAAAAUCUUAAAUUCUAAUCAAAUCAGUAUUUACAACUUUGAGUGGGAAGUAAACUUUAAAUACUCUCUACAGAAUGACCAUGUCAAAGUAAUGGUUAUGAACUCUUGUAUGGACUACAUAUAUGAGUAUUUGGGGAGUGAUAGUUAUAUAAUAACCCCAAAUACAGAGAGGUGUUUCAGAACUCUAAUAAACGCAUACCGGAUGAACUACAGUGGGUUGCUGCAAGGGCAACCAGAUGGAGGCAAAUUUGAAACUGUUAAAGCUCUGGCUGGAAUUUUUGGGAACUUCUUGGUGAAAUUUGUCUGCAAUCAGAACGUAGGAAGUGUAAUAUUAGAAAAAUUUUUAAAAGGUAGCUUACUUUGUGGUUCUUGGAUAUGUUUCGAAAACUUUACAAACCUUCAAAUGAGCGUUAUGUCAGGACUAUCAGAAUGCCUUUUCAAUAUAGAACAAGCUAAGAAACGACAAUUAGGAAGUUGUCUUAUCGGAUCUUCCAAAAUCGCUUUCAGACAAACAAGUUUUAUAGCUAUAAGUACAACCAAUCACUCAUGUGGAGAUUUGCCGGAAAACUUUAAGAAAUACUUUAGAACUAUUACCAUGUUGCAUCCAGACAAUGACAAAAUCUCAGAAAUUGUCUUGUAUAGUGCAGGCUUCACAGAGGCCAGUAUACUUUCGAAAAAGAUUUCUUGUGUUUUUAUUUCCCUGCAAGAUACUUUAUCAUCAAAAGGGAAAUAUUAUUUUGGUUUGAGCAAAUUUAUGAAAAUUCUACGGGAAAGUAAAAAUUUAAAAAUCAAACACCGUUCUAUCAAUGAAAACGACAUUAUAUUUACUGUUUUGACUAAUGUAUUAUCACGGGAAGUAUCAAACGAGAACAUCAAAGAGUUCCACAGCAUUUUACACCAUGUUUUCCCUGGCGCAAUUAUUAUUGGUGAAAAUAAUUCACUGAUGGAAAGACUUAAGACCAUAUGCGAACAUUCCAAUCUUUCCUGGACUCCACAAUUUGGUCUCAAAACUCUUGAAGUAUAUGAAUGUAUUCAAAGUAUGAGUUGUUCAGUUCUUGUUGGAAAAUCUAGCAACAAAACAACAAUUAUUAGACUGUGCCAAACAUUAACGCAAGAUACUGAUGGUGCAAAGUUGAACCUUAAUUUCUUAGUGCCAAAUUGCUAUAACUAUCAGAUUUUAUAUGGUUAUUCUUCAAAUCCGAAUGAAUGGAUGGACGGUCUUAUUACAACGUUGUUUAGAGGUAAUAUUGCUCACAGUUCAACAGAAAAAACAUGGACCAUUUUCGAUGGUGAUAUUAAUCCGGAUUGGAUUGAUAAUAUGAUGUCUAUUUUGAAAGAAAGAAAGUUGUUUUUAGAAUCUGGGGAGAUAUUAGAAAUGAAUUACCUAGACAGAGUUAUUUUUGAAACGGACAGUUUACAAAAUACUACUCCGUCUUUGGUGUCCCACUCGACAAUUAUUUAUAUAGACCAACUCAUUCCAGUCUGGAAAGCAAUAGUAAAUUCCUGGGUUGCAUCAUGCACCUCAGACUGGAUUCAAGGAUUUCAACAGCAAAUUAGUGACAUGUGUUGCUGGGUAGUGCCCCCAUGUCUCGAAUUUUUCCAGAAGUAUUGUCAUCAGCUUUGUCAACUUAGUGAAAUUAAUUUAGUUAAAAAUAUGAUAGCUAUCACGCAACUUUUUUUAGAUGAUGUCUGCUCGGUAAACAAAAAAGAAGAUGACUUGAAGAAUCUCUCAACCUGGAUUCAAGCCACAGUUAUCCAGGCUGGAAUCAUCGGUUUAGGUGCACUGCUAGACACACCAUCGAGACAAAAAUUCGACGAAUUUUAUAAACAACUCUGGAGAGGACAAAUCCAGGAACAUCCAUAUCCAAGUUCAUUUGGAAAAUUAGAAGUAAGCCUUCCUCAUGACGGUUUAAUCACUGACUAUCAAUAUAUUUAUAAACAAAGAGGUAACUGGAAAGUAUAUCAAGACUUACUUAAAAGUGAGAAGAUAGUUGAAAAUCCUUACAUGUAUGACUUUUUGGUACCAACUGCAGACACUAUGCGCUAUUCUUAUAUUCUAACUCUUUGUCUUAAAAACAAGCUACCAAUUUUAUUCAUUGGGCCAAAUUGCACUGGAAAAAGUAUACUAAUAGAAGACACAUUGCGAAACAAAUUUAAUGGAAACAAUUUUGAAGUGUCUCAUCUGAAUUUCAAUACAUAUUUUGAUGCACAAACAACACAAAAGUUAAUUUUGUCUAGAACAAAUAAAAGGAAAGAGGGAACAUAUUAUCCCCCAAAGGGAAAGAAGUAUAUUAUUUUUAUUGAUGACUUGAAUUGUGUGUCUUCAGACAAAUAUGGCAAUUUGGACUGUCUAGAACUACUACGUCAAUAUCUGGAUCAUGAUCUAUGGUACGAUUUUAAAAAUUUUAGUAAGAUAGUUUUGAAAGACGCUAACUUAGUAUCUGCAAUGAGUUUGCUAGACUCUAAUUAUCCACUUAAAUUAAGAUUUUUAAGACAUUUUUAUGUAUUCGGAAUCAACGAAUUUUCUGACGAAACAGUAUCAAGAAUCUUUACUAACACUAUGUUACAUAUAUGGCGGCAAAAUGGUUUUCCUGGUGAUAUAGGUAACAUUGUUAGUCAAAUAGUUGAUGCUACCUUCUGUAUUUACAAAAAAGUUUUGAUGCAUUAUCAACCAACUCUAACUCGCAGUUACUAUCAUUUCAAUUUGAAUGAGUUUUCAAGCGUUAUAAAGGGUUGCACUCUUCUGAAAAAAGAGACGUAUGAUGGAAAUAAAAAGAUAUAUAUUAAGCUGUGGAUUCAUGAAAUCUUCAGAGUAUUUGGAGAUCGAUUAACCCAUCUGGAAAACAACAUUUUGGAAACUGAAAUAAAGAAAGUUCUUGAUACACAUUUUAACGAAUCACUUGAAGAAAUAGGCGAUACGUAUAUCAACAAAAUAGUGCUUAGUACUGUAAAUGAUAAAGAUCAUUUUAAAUAUGAAGAAAUUACUGAUUCUAAAGUGGUAAUAGACUUGCUAGUAGAUGAGCUGAACAAAUACAAUGUUAAUAAUAUAAGAAAACUGAACAUAAUAUUUUUUGAAUAUGCUUUAGAAAAGAUAUUUAAGAUCUCUCGAAUUUUAUCUUUAACUCCAGGCAAUUGUAUAUUUUUGGGAUCAAAUGGAUUAGGUAGAUCUAUAUUGACUAAAUUAGUAUCCUAUGUGUAUAACUACAUAUGUUUUCAACCUACUAUUACACAAAAUUUUACCAUAGAACACUGGAAAAGUGAAUUAAAACUUAUUUUAAAAGAAGCAGGAGCUAUUGAGCAUAAGAGUGUGUUUAUUGUGAAUGAAAGAGAUUUACUAGAAGAAGCUUACCUACAGUAUAUUGAAAUGUUACUUCAAAAUGGAGACAUAUCAGAUAUAUUUAAUAUAGAAGAAAAACAGGAGAUUUUAGAGCUGACUCGGUUGUCUGCCCAAGGAGGGAACCGAAAUAUUGAUAUUAGUUCUUCAGAUGUUUUUCUGCACUUUAACAAGAGUUGUAAACUAAAUUUGCAUUUGGUUUUAUGUUUUUCUGCUGACGGUAAAUCACUUAGAAGAAAGCUGAGGAAUUUUCCAAGCUUAUUAAAGUGCCAAAUAAUGUUUUGGGAUGAUUGGCCUGACGAAGCUUUGCAACAAGUAGCAGAAAUUAGAAUUAGCUCAAUUGAGAUAAUUCCUGAAUAUAAAAGUAAAUCUUUAGAUACAUUUCUUUAUUUUCACAGAGAUUUUCAACAAAUAGCGAAAACUUUAAGAACCCCACUCUAUGUCUCACCAUUAUGCUUCAUACAUUUAAUCAAUAUUUUUAUAGAUAUUUACAAUAACGAGAAGAAUAUUAUAGAAAACAAACGAAAAAGAUUUUCACAAGGUCUGGCCAAACUAUCCUAUGCUUCAAGCCAAAUUUUAGACAUGCAAAAGGUUUUGGCAGAAUACAAGCCACAACUAGCAGAAAUGACAGCUAAAGCUAUAGAAAUGACAGAACAAAUAGCCCUGGAAACUAUUGAAGUAGAAAAAGCUUCUGAAUUAGUCAGGCAAGACGAAAAAAUUGCAAGCGAACAAGCUAUAGUUGCUCAAAUUUUAAAAUCAGAAUGUGAAGCUGAGUUAGCUCAAGCUAUCCCUAUUCUCGAAGAUGCCAUUUCGGCCUUAAAUACAUUAAAACCAUCUGAUAUAACUUUAGUUAAAUCAAUGAAAAAUCCUCCUGAUGCUAUCAAACUUGUAAUGGCAGCUGUUUGCGUCAUAAAGGACGUUAAGCCUGAUAGAAUACCAGAUCCCAGUACUGGAAGAAAAACCUACGAUUAUUGGGGACCGAGCAAAAGAAUCCUCGGAGACAUGAAUUUUCUUCAGUCUCUUAAAGAUUUCGAUAAAGAUAAUAUAAAAGCUGAGAUCAUGGUCAAAAUCAGGAAGGAGUUUCUUCCUCACAAAGAUUUUAAACCACACGUAGUAGCUAAAGCGUCCAGCGCGGCAGAAGGUCUUUGCAAAUGGAUAAUUGCUAUGGAUAUGUACGACAAGGUAGCUAAGGAAGUAGCGCCAAAGAAAGAGAAGUUAGGAAAAGCUGAGAAAGAGUAUGCAGAUACAAUGGCUAUUUUGAACGAGAAGAAAGAAGAGGUUAAAAGGAUUGAGGAAAAACUGGCAGGACUUAAUGCGUUAUUGGAAGAUGCUAACAAGAAACAAGUGAAAUUACAGCUAGAAGUAGAUUUUUGUAAUAGAAAAUUAGCGAGUGCGCAAAAGUUGAUUGGUAGUUUAGGAGAAGAGCAAAUCAGAUGGACGAAGGCUGUAGAAAAUCUAGAGAAACAGAAUGUUCUUGUUUUGGGGAAUAUUUUGUUAACUAUAGGUAUUAUAACUUAUCUUGCACCAAUUGACUUCUCUACCAGAAGUGAUAUUACAGAUAAGUGGCGCCUUCAUAUAUCAAACUAUACCGAGUGUUCCAAAAAGUUCAAUAUAUCAGAAUCAUUUUCCUCCAAAUUAAAGAUCGAUAUGAGGAAACAAGGAGAUUUUCUUCGAGAUGAUUUUUUCCUACAGAAUAUUUUAAUCUACGAUUUUUCCAAACUCUUUUCAAUCUUUAUUGAUCCUGAUUAUCAUGCUAGCACCUGGAUCAGAAAAAUAGAACGUAGGAAUAAUCUUACAAUUACAACAUUUUCUGACGAAGAGUUUUUAACCAAAUUAACUAAGUGUGUUAGAUUUGGAAAGCCUCUAAUGAUACAUCAGAUCAAAAAUCAUAUACCUGCCUAUAUGCACCAGUUUAUUUCUAAAGAUGGAUACACGGAGGAUGAAGAGGAGAAAAAAAACACUUUCAUCUUUAUAAAUGGAAAACCUGUUCUGUUGGAUGCUCGGUUUCGUUUAUAUCUUGUAUGUAACAUACAUCAACCUAAUUUUUUUCUAGAAGUAUUUAAUAGAGUCACUGUCAUUAAUUUUAUUGUCACGUCUGAAUAUUUAAGAAAGCAUUUUUUAAGGAUUGUAACACAGAUUGAGAAGCCUGAAACGAGAAAACUAAAAAAAGAAACGUACAAAAAAAUUAACAAAUUCGAAACAGAGAUCACCAAAACACAAAAUGAAAUUCUGGAGACGCUUUGUGAAUCUGAAGCUGAUAUUUUAGAGGACGAAGUGUCUAUAAGAACCCUAGAAGAGUAUAAGAUUGUGUUGAAGACACUUAGAGAUAAAUAUCAAAACGCUAGGUCUGCCGAAAAAACAAUACAAGAUUUCAUGGACCAAUAUCAGACAGUAGCUACUUUUGUAGCUAAUAUGUACUUCUGUGUGGUUCAAUUAAGAUCAAUUAACCAUAUCUAUCAAUUUUCAUUCGAUUGGUUCGAUCAUUUGUACUAUCAGUCUAUAAUAAACUCAGAAAAAUCGAAAAUUGUGUUAAGAAAAUGCGAAAACAUAAACAAAAAUUUUAUUUACCAGCUUUAUAGACAACUAAACUACUCUUUAUAUGAAAACGAUAAGUUUGUUGUCCUUUUGUUAUUAACUAUUUAUGUUCUAAGAUAUAAAAAGGAGAUUACUGAAGAAGAAAUUUCAGUUUUUCUCAAACAAUCAAAUUUUCGUACUAAUAAAAUUACUGGAAAUAUAGUAAAUUGGGAAAUGUUAAAUGAACUGAAUCAUAUUCCAGCAUUCUUCAAUUUUGUCUGUGAUAUUAGAAUACAGUUUGGCUUAUGGAAAGACUACAUUUUAUCAGAAGAAACCUGUAAAAUACCUGAACCAUGGCAGUCAAAGUUGACAUCUUUUCAAAAACUUAUUUUACAAAAGUAUUUCAAGCCCAAAAACUUACAGCUUGGAAUCAAAAAUCUUAUUAAAGCUGAACUAGGAAGAAAAUUUGUAGAACACUUUCAGUGGACCAUUGAUGAUAUAUACAAUGAGUCUUACAGUCUGUCACCUAUUUUACACUUACAAACAGAGAGCAAUGAUUUUAACGAAAAUCUGUAUAUUCUGCUAGAAAAGAAAAAAGUAACCCACACUUUUCGUUCUUUUUGUAUUAGUGACCAUUCUACAAGCCCUACAGAUAUAUUACUGGAAGAAGCACGCCAGAAAGGCUUUUGGUUGCUGUUUCAAAACUGCCACCUUAAUAAAGGCUGGCUAGAAGAUUUGGAGAAAAAACUUGUUCAAAUGAAUUACGAAAAUACGAACGAAAACUUUCGUUUGUGGCUUUCAGCAGAACCAACUACAGAUAUACCGUUGGAAUUGCUACAAAAUAGCAUUAAAGUUGUUUAUAGUUAUCCAAGCAGUUUCAAGCAAACUGUACAACAUUUCAUAAACAAAAAAUAUAUUUCAGAGUAUUUUAGUACAGGCUGUCCAGGAAAACAAGAAGUUUUUACCAAAUUUCUUUAUGGUCUUAUUUGUUUUCACGGUGCUCUUAUAAAGAGGAGAGUUUAUGAUAGGCUGUUUUGGAAACCUUGUUACAAUGUAAACGAAAAUGAUUUAAAGAUGUCGAUAAGAUUGCUCCAGUUAUCGAUCAAUGAAGCUCACUUUUCCCAUUCUGAUAUAGAAAAAUCGAUAUUUCUAAUAGGAAAUUACCAGUAUGGAACUCAACUAAAUACUUUUUACGAAUCAAAUGUGUUUAAUAACUUAUUAAAUGGAUUUUUAAAUCCAGAAAUAAUGAGAAGUAAGAACUACUUCCUGGGGAAUGUCAGGGAGUAUGGUUUACCAAAGAAAUGUGACUAUUCUGACUACUUGAAACUUGUUCGAAAUCUUCCAGAAUUUGACAACCAUGAGAUUUACGGUAUUAGUGAAACCUUAGAAGCUAUAUAUAGUAGCACUUGUACUAAAACUGUAAUUCAGGUACUAUCAAAUACUAUUUGUAUUAGUGAAGUCGAACAAAUUGAAUACAACGACUUUAAAAUAAUAUCUGAUGUAGAUCAAAUGUUAGUGUCCCUACCUGAACAAAUAGAGGUAACAUCGUGUUCAGAUUAUGUUAUAGAAAGCGAAGUAAAAACAUAUAAUAGCAUACGUAGGAAAAUAAGAGAAACUCUUGUUUUGGUGAAACAAAGCCUCAGUGGAUUAAAGCCAUUAACUAUUGAGUUAGAAAAUAUUUCACUUGAAAUUUUAAGAGGAAAUGUGCCAAAUACAUGGAAAAAAUGGACUUACUUUGGGAGUAGUUCUUUAUCAGAAUUUAUGACCAAUCUAGUACUGAGAAUAAAUUAUUUUAAAAAUCUAACAGAUAAUAACAAUUAUUGGUUAGCUGCUUUUUUAUAUCCCAAAGCACUAUUUUGCAAAAUUAAGCUAGAUUUUUCAUUAAAAUAUUUAAUACCAGCAGAACAGCUUAGUUUAGAUUUUAGAAUAUUAAGGCAUUGCGAGAAUUUUAUCGAAGGAAUUAAAAUAACUGGUGUGUCCGUCACAAAUGCUGAGUGGGAUGCUGAAGAUCAAUGCUUCUAUGAAAUUUCAUCUAAGUUUUACAAUUCGUUUUCUUCUAUUCUACUAACACCUAAUAAUUGUAAAUCAUCUAAAAUAUCUAAAUUCUAUGAGCUUCCUUUAUAUCAAAGCAGCGACUUAAAACUCUUUAUAUAUUGUGUUAAGUUGCAAUUCCUGCAGAGAUAUAAACAUUGGCUCAAACGAGGUGUUAGAAUAGUGUCCCAUGUAUGUUUAACAGAGGCAGAUUCGGCAAACAAUGUUAAGAUUAAAAAUGUUGCUCUUGAAACUCAAUACAUGUAAGCUAUAA